GGCUUUUUUGUGCGAGUGUAAGUUUCAAUUUCGAUCUGCUUGGUUGUCUGACGGACGUGCUGCGUCUCUUUUGUUGUGUUUUUUGCGAACGAGCGAAGAGCGACAGGACCUCUGCGCCCGUAUCCAAACUGAUUUUUUUUAUUGUUGCAAUGCAAUAUUCGCGGAACCAAUAACAACAACAACACACAUAACCCAACAUUCAAGUGCAAAGCCAAUACAAAUCAUACGAAAAAGCAAAGAAAGUAAAAAGAAAAAGUAAAUCGAAAAUUGUCCAGUGGAAAAAGCAAAACAACGGCAACAAACAACAACAACGGCUAAAUCAAAUCCAAAUUCUGUUUAACAAAAUCCACAAAAUGCCUUUGAUGGCUAAUCUUGAUUACGGGGAAUAUGUCGCCUUCCACACGGUGGCCAGCGACCGUGAUCGCGAUCAUCUCCAGCAGCAGCAGCAGCAGCACCAACAGCAGCAGCAACUGCAGGAUCUCGUCCUGGACAACAGCAGCAACAUGGAGCAGCACCAGCAGCAGCACCAGCAGCCACAUCGCCUCCAUGGCGCCCUCACACGCACCAUUUCACAGCCGGCCCAGCAGAGGCACCAGCUCAUCCAGCAGCAGCAGCAGCAGCAACAGCAACAGCAACAGCAACAGCAACAGCAGCAGCAACAGCAGCAGCAACAGCCACCGGUGGCCAGUCUGGUGACCAUCAUCGAGAACCUGGGCAACAUGAACCUGCACCGAAAGCUGGAGCGGACGCAGUCGGAGCCACUGCCACAGCAGCCGAUGAACACCUCCAGGUACAAGACGGAGCUGUGCCGCCCCUUCGAGGAGGCCGGCGAGUGCAAGUACGGCGAGAAGUGCCAGUUCGCCCAUGGAUACCACGAGCUGCGCAACCUGCAGCGGCAUCCCAAGUACAAGACGGAGUACUGCCGCACCUUCCACAGCGUGGGCUUCUGUCCCUACGGGCCGCGCUGCCACUUUGUCCACAAUGCGGACGAGGCCCGUGCCCAGCAGGCGGCCCAGGCAGCCAAGUCCUCGUCCCAAUCCCAGUCGCAGUCGCAGCAGCAGCAGCAGUCGUCCUCGUCGUCGUCGUCCUCGUCAUCCCAGGGCUUCCCGUCGAAAAGCAACAAUCAGAUCAGCAACAACAGCAGCAGCGGCAGCAACAGCAGCCAGUUCUAUCUGCCACUGAGCCCGCCGCUCAGCAUGAGCACGGGCUCGGACCGGGAGUCGCCCACCGGAUCACUGUCCCUGAGUCCCACCAACUCGCUGACCAGCUUCCCGUUCCACGACGCGCUGCCGCUGCAGCAGGGCUACCUGACCUCCUCCAAUGGCGGCGGCACGAGCAACAGUUCCGCCUCGUCCACAUCCUCGGCCUCGGGCCUGGGCCUGGGCAUGAGCAUGGGCCUGGUCAUGGGCGGAAUGGGCGGUGGCCACCAUGGUCCGGCCACGCCGCCCGAGAGCCCCAAUGUGCCCAUUUCGCCAGUGCACACACCGCCGCCCUACGAUGUGGUGGUGGUCAAUGGAUCUGGAUCCGGAGCGGGCAAUGCCAACGGCGGCAAGCACCUGCUGCAGAAGAGCGUCAGCACACCGAUGCAGCAGGAGGACACGCAGCCCAGGCUGCCCGUCUUCAAUCGUCUCAGCUCCGCGGUGGAGGCCUACCAGCAGCAGUCCAACCUGGGACUCUAAGGAGGGCCGGGAGCUGUCCCACACUACUACCCCACACUAUCCACUCACGUCCAUCAAAGCAUCCCUCCAUCAUCAACAACAGCAGCCACGACCACAACAACGACAGCAUCCUUGACAAAAUCUCAGUAAACUGGACCAACCAA